GUUCUUGCGUCCAAAGUCUUUUAAAUUACAAAAUAAAUUUGUUAAGGUUACCAAAUUUUUUCCGCCAAAUUUGUUUGGCUUAAAUGGUUAGAAUGAGAGGGCGAUUUGGAGUGGCUUUUUGCCGACAUCGGAGGAUGUGUUUUCGAGUCGAGGAAGGAAUUCUUUGGUGCUUGAAACGUCAUCGAGGGAAAUUUGUGAGCUUACUUCAUCCCAUUUCGGCAUUCACCCUCCUUAGUGUGAUUGUAUUUCUGUUCGUCUAUGAGUUGGGCUACGUUUUGCCUCUGUUGACCGAUCCUCUGGGGAUGUGGCACAAGUUAAACUGGCUGUUGGCCAUUUAUAUAGUCUUCAAUAUUCUGGGCAAUUGGUGGCUCGGAUUUAUGUGCAACACUGCGGUAGAUAGUGUGCCACCCAAGCGACAGCAUCCAACGGUCGGUGAGGCCCACCUGUGGCACUAUUGCAGCUCCUGCCAAAAACUAGUGCCCCCAAGGUCCUGGCACUGCCGAUUGUGCAAUCAGUGUAUCCUGAAGCGGGAUCACCACUGUACUUUCUCGGGCAAUUGUAUUGGCCACAAUAAUCAGCGCUAUUUCCUUGCAUUUUUGUUUCACCUGAGUUUGGGCAGCGGACUGGCUCUCGUUUACAAUACCUUGUUGGUCUGGAAAUCCAAGGCCUUUAUGGUCGCUGAACCAUUGUUCCUCAUAAACGAAAACCAUGCAAAUGAUCCUGAUUUUAACUGGAAGUACACUAUUGCCUGUAUGUUUAAACUCAGUUUCUUUCUUUUCAUGGUCCCCCUGGCAAUGUUUGCCUUGCAAAUGGUGAUGGUCUAUCGCAAUAGUACAUGCUAUAGGAUACUAGAUCGCAGCUACGAUGUCGGUUGGCGGCAAAACUUUGAAAUUGUUCUAGGAAAACGGCGAUUUUGGACCUUCUUUUCGCCCACCAUUUCAAGUGCUCUUCCCAACGAUGGCGCACAGUGGUUUCAAAGGCAGCACGUAUAAAAUAAUAAUAUAAAUAUGGAUAAUAAAGAAAGUAAAAAAUA